GUUCACAACCCCACACAACUCAAUAGAAUCUCCCCACACUUAACAAAAAAUGAGUCUCUUCUCAAAUCUAUACAUCUCGUUCUUUCUUGUUUCCAUAAUUUUCCAAAACUUAGCCAAUGCGGCCCGUUUUGAUGUCACGAACAAUUGCCCCGACACAGUAUGGGCCGCUGCUUCACCUGGGGGCGGCAGGCAGCUCAACCACGGUGAAACGUGGCCCCUGGAUGUCCCUGCUGGCACGACCCAGGCUAGGAUCUGGGCCCGAACCGGCUGCCAGUUUGAUGCGUCGGGGAGGGGCAGGUGUAAGACUGGUGACUGUAACGGGCUCUUGCAGUGCCAGGGUUACGGUGCAGCCCCUAACACAUUGGCGGAGUUUGCUCUCAAUCAGUACAUGAACAUGGACUUCAUCGACAUGUCAGUUAUUGAUGGGUUCAACGUACCCAUGGAGUUUAGCUCCACCUCUGGUGGGUGUAACCGAGUGAUCAAGUGCACGGCAGACAUCAUCGGCCAAUGCCCGAAUGAACUGAAGGUGGAUGGCGGGUGCAAUGGCGCGUGCCCCGUUUUCAAGACAGACGAGUACUGCUGCAAUUCCGGGAACUGCGGGCCCACCAACUACUCGAGAUUUUUUAAGGAAAGAUGCCCUGAUGUAUACAGCUAUCCCAAAGACGAUCCGACCAGUACGUUCACUUGCCCUGGAGGGACUAACUACAAAGUUGUGUUCUGUCCUUGAAGCAGACCGUUCGUACUUAGUUAAUCCAUAGAAUUGUUGAAUAAGGAUGGCCCAUGUAGUAAAGGGUCAAAGGGUACUUAUCCAAGAAGCUUUGUGGUCAAUGGUUUCCUUGGCCAAGCCCAUGAGAUGUAACGGUCGCAAUGAAUAUAUUGAAGUACCGAUAAAUAACUAGAACUUUUCUACAAAUUGA